UAUACCCGACAUUGUUGUUAAAAUUAGAACAUGAGUGGCAGAGGAUUGCUCCCAUCAUCUGACCGUAAUAACCAGGAAAAUCAGAGAGCCAAAGAAGACGACGAAGAGGACCCUCAUUCAGGAGAUGACCGCCUCGGGCAGUGGAUCAGGAGGAGGUGCCUUGAUGGGGCCCUCAACCGAGCCCCUGAGGAUUUUUACCCCAAAUUCUGGAAGGUUCUCGAAAAGUGCCGAGGUUUGAAAAUUUACAAGCACUAUUUACCGAAUGCCAUGGUACAAGAGAUGACCCCAGGCGAGCUGAAAUUUGCGCUUUGCGUUGAAGCGGCCCUGAAUCGGAUCCCUGAACCUGAGUACCGGCAGCUGGUGGUGGAGAUGUUAAUGGUGUUAUCCCUUGUAGUGGAGUACCACCCUGAACAGACUCUGGGAGACACUAUUGAUGUUGAUGACUUGGUGUGGGAAGGCCACAAUUUAUAUCUGAAAGAUCAGAUGAAUAUCAAAGGUGAUUCUACCACGUGUUGCGCGCGUCCCGCGAACGAGAAAAUCAGCUGUGGUGGAGCGGCGGGAAUCUGUCGAUAUUUUUACGACACUGCGCCGAGUGGAAGAUUUGGUACCAUGACUUACUUUUCAAGAGUUGUUGCUAAACGAGUCAGUCAUCUACCCCACCAGAACGACUGCGUGGUUGCCUAGAAACGCGCCUUUAACUGAAAAUAGAUUUCGUAGAAAGGUUGCAUAGAAACGUAUCUUUAGGCGCAAAAGAACAAAUGUAAAAGUCAUCAGAGGUGAAGUUUUCUGGUCUGAUCUCUCAGAGGUUUCUUGGGGUGGAAUAAGACAAGCGCGCAAAUAGAGAAGAAAAAUGCUUUCAGUAAAUCUUCUGCGAAGUUGGUGGGGACCACGCCAACACUAUAUCUCCACGAGAAGGUCCCUAGGUGGAGCUAAGCUGUAAUGAAUUACUUUAUCAGUUCUGCAAAAAUGCAUGACACGUUUUAGAAGCUGAGUUUUACGAGAUAAGGAAAAUAAUAGUAAGAAAAACUUGAAAUUGUACAAUAGUUAACAUUUUAUCUUAGUAUAAAUGAUAAGUUGUCAUCAUGUUUAGUGAACCUAAGUUAGUUUUCUUGUUUCAUCUUGUGUAUUCCUCGGCUUAAGUUUUCUUUAUCCUUUCAAUCCAAGACCAGAAUUUUAAUUCUCCUAUGUACUCCAUACAUUUCGUUGAAGAUUAGUUCGGAGAAUUUUGCAGUAAAUCAAGACAUCCUCAAGUUGAUGGUUUUGUUUAUUCUGAUCACCCGUGUGCUUCACAUUUUUUUUUUUAUUUGGAGAAAUCAGAUGUUCGCUCUUGGAUUGAAGGGUUUAAUUAAAAAUAUCAAUAAAACAGUCAAGAAAGAAAGGUUCUCUUAUUUUUAGUUGUUGUAUAAAUUGAGCUAGCUAUAUGUAAUUUAUUUUCGCUUUAAAACAUUGUAUAUAAAUUAAGCCACAUGGUGCUAUGAAGUGACAUAAACGUGACGCUGUUGAAGAGUUUUCUAUUAAAUUAUGCUCGCGUGUGACACAAACAGAGUAAAAUAAAGUUCCUAGUUAUGAAGCCAAAA